AUGGAAUUUCAUGACUCUAAAGAAAGUGAAGACUUUUCUGACUAUGAUUCUGACGUAAGUUGGGAAUCUUUUGAUAAACAAGCAUUUAAUAAGUUACUUAAACUAGAACCAUUUGUAUUUAACCAAGAAGAAUAUAUUAAAGCACAAGCAGAGCUUGAACAAGAAAUUAUAAUUAGUGAUAAAAAUGAUGAUUAUCAAGAUGAUAUUGAGAAUACAAAAAUUCCAGCUUCACCAUCAUCGUCAUCACUAUUACCAUCAUUACCUUCACUAAUAUCAACAGAUAUUUUACCUUUACUAAUACCAACAGGAAUUCUACCUUCAUCAAUACCAACAAAAACUCUACCUCUAAUACCUAUCGAGAAACAAAGCAAACUAAUUUGUGAACAUUUACAUCGUCAGCCUGAACCUGAAAGGAGGAGAUAA